GCUGGGAGAUGUGCGGUGUUUGACAUGGCGAGAAGUCUGUUUCUAUGGGGAUGUUUGAGGAAGCCUCUGUAUAUCCAGGUUCGCACUUCCUACUUGCGUAUGCAGUACCUGUUCUUCUCCUGGCUGGCGGUGUUUGUGGGAAGCUGGAUCGUGUACGUGGAGUACUCCUCCUACACAGAGCUCUGUCGUGGGCAGGAGUGCAAAACCUCUCUUUGUGACAAAUAUAGCAAGGGAGUGAUCGAUGGCACAGCGUGCGUCAGCCUGUGUCAAAAAGAGACACUUUACUUGGGGAAGUGCCUCUCGCCAAAGCCCAACAGCCAGGUGUACUCUGGGACCUGGGGUGACCUUGAGGGGGUCAUCAGGUUUCAGAUGGAGACGUCCCCUCGCUACGCCCUGGGUCUGGCGGCGGAGGUCCGGAGGGAGCCAGGGGCAGCCUUCAACCAGCCCACCAGAGGCACCUCCGUGGAAAGGUUCAAAGAGAUGGUCAUCAGCCAUCUGAAGAUGAAACUAGGAGAUCAGGCCAACCUUUCAGCACUGUCCGACAUGCUGCUCUCGGUCGCCGACAGCAACAAGGACGGCCACAUCACCCUAGCGGAGGCGCGCUCCGUGUGGGCGCUGUUGCAGCACAACCACUUCCUUCUGGCGGCGGUGCUGCAGGAGCGGGAGCACGCCCCUCGGCUUCUGGGCUUCUGCGGGGACCUGUACGUGAUGGAGAAGGUGCCCCACGCCCCGCUCUACGGACUCAGCCUGCCAUGGCUGCUGGAGCCCUUGGUGCCCGCCGGGCUGCGGCGCCGCAUGGACCAGUGGUUCACCCCCUCCUGGCCCCGCAGGGCCAAGAUCUCCAUGGGCCUCCUGGAGCUGGUUGAGGACCUCUUCCACGGCACCUUCGGCAGCUUCUUCAUGUGCGACGUGAGCGCCGCCAGCUUCGGCUACAACGACCGGCAUGAACUGCGGGUGACUGACGCGCGCCACAUCGUCCCAGAGCUCGCCUUCAAGGAGGGCAUGCAGGAGCGCCGCUGCGACUCUGACCGGGACUGCCGCCACGGCGUCGACUGCCGCACUUCCUGCGACCUCCCGAAGGGUCGCUGCAGCCCGGCGGUGACGCGGCCCAACCUGGCGAAGGCGUGCGACGUGCUGAAGGACUACAUCCUGCGUGGCGCGCCGGACGACCUCCGAGAGGAGCUGGAGAAGCAGCUCUAUGCCUGCAUAGCACUGCGCGGAGCCGCAGAACUGCUGGAGAUCGAACACUCGCUCAUUCUGAACAAUCUUAAGACUUUGUUGUGGAAGACCAUAUCGCACACCAAUGACUCAAAGUGAAGCCAUCAUAUUUUGGCCCGGUUACAAGCACUUUACCAUGAACUGAUAGAUGCAGAGUCCCCGUAUUCUUAAAAUGUAAGCGUUUGUCAGCUUUUUACCAAUACCACAAAUGGAAUCUUAAAUGAAGUUCUUAACUUUCAUCCAUGGACUUCAAAUGGUUCAAAUGUAUUUAAUGAAGACUGUUGCGUCCACCAUGCCAAGUCUAUCACAAUUCAUUUCUCUUCAUCAGCAUCUGUAGGUCGGCUCAGUGGUACAUGCUGAGCUAUAAGGAUCAAUAGCACCCUCAAGUGUCAAUAUAUGGAACACCAUCAAUUCCCACAGCCAAAAUAUUUUCCCGAACACUAAUGGAAUUCUAAUACCACAAAUAAAGCUCUGCCAUUGUACUAGUAUAGCCAAUGAAAACUGGGAGACAAUCACAAAGUAGUCAACAAAGCGUUGCAUUCACUUUGCUUAUAGUUUGUUUUUUUACAAUAAACAUAACAAA